AUGGCAGGCCCUAGGGCUGUUCCAGUCCGGAAGACAAUGAUGGUGGCUCUGUUUAUGGUGGUCACCGUGCUCAUGUCCACUACGGUGCUUGGGAACAAGGGACGGACUAGCACUCCGGCUACAGUGACGUGCGAUCAAAGUACCGCUUCAGCAGGCAUAUCCGUUGAAGUUGACGCCGACACCAAAAGAGCCUCGUUUGUCUGCGGUACCGGUUUUAACCAGGUGCUGCCCUCAUCAAAGGAAGAUCACACUGUCACGAAGUGCUACAUGACAGAAGAAGUUGGGCAGGAGGAGAACGAGAAGUCUCUGGUGGAGCUUUUCGGUGACGGAUCCGAAGCUACCGUUAAAACCCCAAGCGAACGAGAACAACAGGGCUCAGAAGUUACGCUGUCUCUGGGCAAGCUACCUCAGCGGAGAACGACCAUCUACUUCCAUUGCACCGGCGGAUCCACGGCUGCAGGGGUACCGGGAGCGGGAGCAGGCGGCCUUGGGGCAAGAAGGCUCGCCGCGGCAAAAGCAGCAGCAGCAGGAAACAAAUGCGUCGUCACAGUGACAGUUCCCGCUGAUCCAGCUGCGAACAGUAAGCCGGAGUUAUGUUACAUUCGAUUCAAGACUGUUUGUGGAAGGCUUGUGUCACCCCAACCAGUUAGCAUCUACAAACUUUCGUCCGCUUCUUUUUCUCUCGUCGUACGGAGUGUCUGUCACUGCACUCCCGGGUGCUACUCUCCUAUGCCUGCAGCAUGCACCGUUGCGAAGAAGAACAUGGAUCUGGAGAUCACGAACGAAUCCAAGAGCGUCUCGUUCCAAUGCGACACGAACAUUGACAGGCUUAAUCCAGAAAAUCCUGCAGAUCUGAUUUUCGACGAAUCUUGUCAGAACCCUGUAAAGCUGGCGGACAUGCUGCCGUCUGCGAAGCUCGCGACAUCGACCUCGGGCUACACGUUCAGUGUAGAGGAGUUGCCUGAGACUGCAGGCACAUUCUGCUACAAGUGCGCAGCUGCUUCUGACCCUGAGGAAGAGAAGGAAGUGUCACAGCCAGAGCCAAAUGCAUGCUAUGUGAAGAUACAGGUACCUCAGCGCAGUAAUGCUGCCUCGACCUCCGCCUUUGCACGAUCAGUGCAGGCUCUCUUGGUUGGGUUGGGUGUUUCUUUAGCCCUCUUUCAGGUCACUCACUAG